AUGACAUUGUCUUGGGAAGACAAAGAAGUCAGGUUCGACAUACCGUAUUCGGAUAUGCGGUUAAUUUUGGGAGAAAAAGUUAUAGACAGAAUGGAGAACAUCGAGGAUACGAAGGGAAACGGUGGGGACAGGGGCAGAUUGAUAGUUACAAAUAUCAGGAUUCUGUGGCAUUCGGUAACAAGUCCUAGAGUAAAUUUAUCUAUCGGAUUUGGAUCUAUAAUAUCUAUUAAUACUAAAACAGUUAAUUCGAAGCUGAAAGGGACUACCCAAGCCCUGCAAAUGCUCACCACAUCUGAAGGUACACGUUACGAAUUUCUCUUCACAAACCUGGUCCCUGGUAACAUGCGGCAUUUCACAUCAGUCAUGGGCGUCCACAAAGCUUACAACUCCUCGAAACUGUACAGGGAACUGAGACUGAGGGGCGCUGUCGUUCACAACAAGCAGCUGAAAAUGCUUUCAUUGGAACAAGUUUUUUCCACAGUUCAUGGUGUUUGGAAUCUUUCCAGUGACCAAGGAAGUCUUGGAACGUUCAUUAUCACCAAUGUAAGAGUCGUGUGGUUUGCAGACGUCAAUGAAGCCUUCAACGUGUCGCUGCCGUAUCUCCAUAUUGAUGGAGUUUCUAUCAGAGACUCCAAGUUCGGAACAGCCCUGGUGAUCAUCAGCACGGAGAUGAGCGGCGGCUACGUCCUAGGCUUCAAAGUGGAUCCCGAAGAAAGGCUAAGACAGCUCUACAAAGAACUCACAUCCUUACACACCGUGUACAGCACCAAGCCCAUUUUCGGAGUGGAGUUCAACUGGUCCUCCAACAAAAACGAUCUGGAGCAGAAUAACAAUCUGGUGGAGGACUAUGACGCGAUUGAAGAACCCCAAGGGGAGAUGUCCAAUACGAUAGCGGCCUAUCUGGCUGAGGAAGGGCACAAGAGUAGGUUGCCAGUGUACUCUCCGGAGCUCGGUUUGGCCGUGGAAAGCGUUAAGGAGGGGUACACACUGCAGAAGUUAUGGGAAGUGAUUCCUUCUUAGAUAUGGACCGAUAAAUAAGCAAUAUGUUUCGUUGGUGAUCAGAACAGUAUUACCACCGAAUAUUUUUGGACAUACAGGGCCAUUUUGCUUAUAAAGCAGAGAUAGGAAUGAACCAUUAUUUGUGUCUCGUAGUUGCUAACUAUCUAGAUUGAUUUUUCGAAUUUAUCCUAUUUCUAUUGGAGUAAAACUAUUUCCAAGAUUCUAAAAUCUAAAUUCUAAAAUUCUAAAUCAAUUAAUGUUAGGCAUAAUUUAA